GGGGGAUUCUACCUGAAAUUAGCUCAAAAUAUUGUUUUUUUGUUUUCUUCAGAAAUGCGAGGUUCAACUAUUCGACUUUACACUGACGAUCGUUUUUACCGAAAAAUUUUAAAAUAUAAAUGAGAAAUUACGUUAGAAAAGAAGAGGUAUCUAAAUAGAAAUCUCGUUUCCAUGGCAACCAAAACAGCAUUUUUUGUUUCUUACUUGUUUACCAGCCUGUUUGGAGCUCAAAAUAUGUCAAACAAGCCCGAAACGCCCCUUAGAAUCCUUGUGCUGUCUUACAUGAAGGGGAAAAUAAGAAAUUGAAAGAGUAACACUGGAGACGAGUGAGAGAUUUUUGUGUGAAAGUUGUCACAGUGUAUUGCGAAAUAUUGAACUCCUUUUGUCUCUUUUGUGCUGGAAUGACUGGAAAGAAGAAAAGAACCGUUUACAGGAAAACUAGGAAAAGAAAGGGGCAUGGAGGAGAUCGUAAAAAAGCGCAAUUACUGAAGAAAAGCGGUUGCAACAGGAAGAGUGAACCAAACGAACCGACCCCAGGAACUUCGCACGAUCAGUCUGAUCUGUCAGAUUUUGGCGAAGAAAGCGAUCAGCUUCCUAGUUCUUCAAGGAAGAAGAUGAGAUUCCAGAGCUCAGAAGAUGAGUCUUCUUCAAGUUCUGAUGAAAACAAAAAAGUUUUCGAGGUAGCUGAGGUAGAAAAAGGAUACAGGCUCGUUGAUCUAAAGAGCUUCUCUUCUGUGCUCUCAACUUUACACAAAUGCGAAGAAGGAGACCUUACUAUUGAAGAAAAUACCGCUAGCCGUUAUGGACUGAUGUCAGAUCUCUCCAUUCACUGCUAUUCUUGUGAUGAAAGUACUCCUUGGCAGACAUCACCCAACCUUGCCAAGAAAGGCAAAUCAUUUGAUGUCAACCGGAGAGCUGUCUACCACUCAAUAGAAACUGGAAGUGGCUACGAGGGACUCUCUUCUUUCUGUGCGAUAAUGAACAUGCCUUGUUUGUCAAGAGCUGCUUACUACAAGCAAGUUGAUGUAAUUUUGGAAGCACUGGAAAGUGAAGCAAAAGAAGAACUAAAAGGUGCAGGCCAAAGGCUCCGAAAGCUAAUCAUGGAGGAAAAUGGCAUCUCAGACAGCACCACAAUAAUUGAUGCUGCUGUUAGCUUUGAUGGCACUUGGGCCAAAAGAGGUUUCACAUCACUAACAGGUGUUGUUUUCGUCAUCUCAAUUGACACAGGAGAAGUUUUAGACUAUCACGUGAUGUCUAAAUCUUGCCGUAAGUGCUCCCUAAAGAACUCACAAUGUGAAGGGAAUGUGGAAGAGUUUGAAGAAUGGAGGAGGGAGCAUGUUGCAUCUGGAGUUUGUGACAUCAACUUCGAAGGAAGUUCACCUGCUAUGGAAGCAGACUGGAGCUUCUGUUCUUUGGAAUAG